AUGGUAGGCCUUUCUGAGCCAUUUCCACAGGCAAACAUGAGGUCGGUGUCAGAAGAGCCAGUCCCAUUACAUGAAGAAUUUAUCUACUGUUGUGGAGCUGCUACACAUGUCUUAAAGUGUGGGCCCUGGAAAGACCUCUCAAAAGAUGACAAUAAAAAUCUACCCAGGCUCCUAUUCAUGAUUAUUCCUGGUAACCCUGGACUGGCAGGUUAUUACAGGACCUUUAUACAGGCCUUGUAUUGUGGACUAAAUCAGCAGUACCCCGUUUGGGUUGUGAGCCAUGCUGGACAUUGUAAGCCUCCUAGUGGUAUGGAAAUGAUAGAAGACACAGACAUUAAGGAGCUAGAGGAUGUUUUUGGACUUAACGGGCAAGUAGAGCAUAAGCUGAACUUCAUCAAAAAGAAUGUAUCGAAAGAUAUAAAGCUGGUACUGAUUGCUCAUUCUAUUGGUUGCUACAUCACACUGGAAAUGAUGAAGCGAGCGUCAGAACUUCAGGUUCUUCGCUCUGUGCUGCUGUUUCCGACAAUAGAGCGUAUGGCUCAGUCCCCUCAAGGAAAGCUCAUGACCCCUUUGCUGUGCAAGCUUCGUUACGUCCUAUACAUGCCCGUCUACCUGCUGUCCUUCCUACCGGAGGGAGUCAAAGCCUCCCUGGUGCGGUUUGCUCUGCGAGGAAUGAAGACCUGUGAUGAAUCUUCCAUAACAACCUCUGUGAAUCUCUUCAGCGUGGACUGCAUUGCCAACAUCUUGUACAUGGCAAGCCAAGAAAUGAUGAAGGUUGUGGAGAGAGACAGUACAACCAUAAAGCAAAAUUUAAAGAAGCUGACUUUUUACUACGGAACUGGAGACAGCUGGUGUCCACAGCACUACUAUGAUGAGAUCAAAAUGGAUUUUCCAGAUGGGGACAUUCGACUUUGCGAGAAGGGGCUCCGCCACGCCUUUGUGCUAGAUGCCAGCAAGGAGAUGGCUGCCAUGAUUACAGACUGGUUACAAGAUGAUCUGACCAAAUUAUAA